AUGCUCAAAUCAGCAAGCCGCGCGUUUUCCACGUCACGUGCACUGCUAAAAAAGACACCGCAGAUGCCUCCGCGACCCAAGGUCGACGAGAACGAGAUCCGCGAGUCGUUCAUCCGAGGCUCGGGGCCCGGCGGUCAGUGUAUCAACCGACGAUCCACCCGUUGCCAAAUCACCCACAUUCCAACCGGGCUCGUGGUCUCUUCUCAGAAAACCCGGUCUCUGGAAGAAAACCGAAAAAUCGCCCGCCAGAUUCUCGCUGACAAACUCGAACAAAUGUUUGCUCCUCCUGGCACCUCCCGAAAAGACGUUGUUGGCGCCUUCAAAAAGAACAAGAUCGACCGAGCCCAGAAAAAGAAGGACAGAAAGUACAAACAGCUAUCGUCAGGGGCUGAAGAGGAGGCGGAAUUGGCUAAUCAGAAGGCCAAGGAGGCUUUUGAGCAGUUGAUGAAGCAAUUGGGAAAGUAA